UUGCCAAAAAGGCGCGAACUGUCUGGUGAAUGGGGUGACGCUGUGACGCUGGAGGAGAGUGGAGCUGAGUCAGCUGACACGAACGCAAUUUAGUUUCCCUCAAGCAACAGAAAGGAACGGAAAUCACCACUUGAGUACCAAUAGCGAUUAUGGCGCAGUCAACCAUUGAUACUUUCUUCGCGAACCGCAAGCGGCAUGCAGCCGAUGAUCUGAAAGGCAAGAGCAGUAAGAUCAUCGCUUUAGAGUCUGACUCCAUCACUGCAGGUUAUGGUCAUGCAAAGUCCAAUGAAAUUUCUGGUCAAACAGCUGCCCGCAUUAAAGUGGAAGCCACGGUUGUCUUUCCUAAUGACGACGCUGCCAAGCCAAAGCCUCAGCCUCCGCGAGUCGCGGCCUGCGCUCCAGCCACUCCGAAGGCCAGGACCCCCGUGAGGGCUCGAAGGGCCACGAAGGCCAAGGACUCCCAGCAAACGGACAUGAAAAGUUUUCUCCGGAGUGUCGCGGACGCCAAGCCUGAAUCUGAAACGAAGAGCCUACCUGCUGCUCCUGCUCCUGCUUCCACCUCCGUUCCUACUUCCGAUGAAACCAAAGCCCAGGAUGACGAGCUUGCCUCAGCUCCUGUCGAAGAGCCAACAGUCAUUAAGGAGGAACCAAAUCAAGAAGAUAAUAAAGGAAUGGUCACUAUUCCUCCAGCUGAAGUAGGCAGCCAUGUUCAACCUGCAGCAGUGGUUCCGAAUGAUGAUGUUAAUGUUGAUAAAAUGGCUCUUGAGGCAGUCAAUGUUAAGGCAGCGACCAAGGAGAGCAACAUUCAAAAAGCUCGAAAGGAACUUUCUCUUGGGGACAUCAAGUCAAAGUUGACGCGAUCAGCACGUCUUGCUGAGUUGAAAGCGUCCUUAGCUCGCUUUGAUGAAGGGCGGAAUAAACUUGUUAAAAUUGAGGAAGCAAAACAAACCUUGCUGGACUCAAACUCCACCAAACCACAGUUGGCCCAAUUCAGCACCAUUCAGCUAGAAGUGCCUUCAAGCCCUUCAAAAUCUCCCAUGAAAAGUCCCAUGAAAAGCCCUCAGAAAUGCCUGGCCGGAUCUAGAAGUCCUGCUUUUCAGCGUUACUCAUCACUUGCCCAGUCUGAAAAGUUGCCUUUGCCUCACAACUAUCGUCAUUUAGCUGAGUUAUUCCGCUGUAUGGAGGGAGUUGUGUCAAUGUACUUCAAUCGCAAAGAAAUAAUUACAUUCAGGAAAUUGCAGCCAUCUGUUCAAAAUAUGGGUCACAAAAAUUUCACCAUUAACCACCUGGCGCAGAUAGUUACAGUAUUUCCUGAGGCAUAUUCUCUCAAACAAGAAAAGGUUCAUAGUUUUGCCUCACCUACAAAACAUGACAAGUAUCACCUUGUCAUUCUCCCAGUUCUUAAAUCGGAAGAUAACAAUUUGGGAAAGCCAUCAAUGACUCCUUCUGAAAUGAAUGAGAGACAGCAGCGCUUUUUUAAAAACCUUCUCGACAUAGUGAAAAAACACCAUGAGAUUUUUCUUCAAACUCUCAAUCCACCUAUUGUCAUCCCAGCUGGAAUGUUGACUAGAUGGCACCCUGAGUUUGCUGUUGAUCAGGUGCCCGAUUUACCAAGAGCUCCUCUUCCUCAGCCACCCAACCUGGAGAAGUGUUCUUCUGCCAAAGAUGUUUUAGCUAAGGCAAAGCAGCUCAUCUCUUGCAACCCCCGCAUGGAGAAAGCCUUGGCAUCAGUUGCACAAUCUAACACUGGUCUACCUCAGUCUACAACAGAUAAUAUAACUGUAGAUCCUCCUGCCCCAAAUAAUCCUCCAACCCCAGUGUUUAAGAACAUGCAAUUAUUGAAGGGCAUACCCAACUCUCUGCUUGAAAAGGUCCGAGCUAAACAAGCAGCUAAAGCAAUGGAGGCUAUGACUCGAACUAAAGAACAGGAUAAUGAAGCUAUUCAAUAUGCAAGACUGCCUGAAAUUGCUCGCAUAUUACGAUGUGUGUUCGUCACUGAGAAGAAGGGUUCUUUACCAUUAGAAUUUGUUCUUGAAAAAGUGAAUAAUAGUUACCGCUCCUCAUUGUCCCACAGGGAACUGGAAGAGCACAUUAAAUUAUUGGCAAAAGCAGUUCCUGGAUGGGUAAGUUUUGAUCAUCUUCUGAAAACAGAGUAUCUGAAGCUCUCGAAAAAGGGUGAUAUGAAUCGAGUCAUGAAUCGACUGAACGAAUUGGCAAGCAGCAAAUAAGCUAUUAUAGUUUUCUUACAUUGGGUUUGGAAUUCUUAAAUGUUUGAGUGUGUGUUCCAGAAACUUCUUAAAUUAUUUUAUGUCACAAUGAACUGUAGAUACUCGGGUAUUAACUUGACUGAAAUGUUGCUUAAAGACUGACAUCCAUAGUAAGUAAUGUUUUUUUAAAUAAAUUUGUUUGGUAUUUAUACAUCAAGCUCGUCACUAUUGUAGGAUCGAAGCAGAAAACAGUUGAUCUGAAUUUUAAUUGGUUGUCAACAACUACUCAUUCUCACCAAAGCAAGUAGUGUAAAUAUGUAUUUUACGUAUAAGGAAGGAAUUAUUUUAUUCAGGAUAGGAUUGCUUAAGAACUGUGAAAUAUUGAUGUUGUCUUGCAGACAGUGAGCAUCUGGGACUGCAUAUUCAAUCGGUGGCCAUGCCUUUUGCUAGCUCGUGGGUAAGCAGCCCCAGGUGGCAGGCUGUCUGGAGCAUUUCUAGGCCAUCCUACCCUGGGACGUCAUGUACCAGGUCAAAGUCACUUUUAACUUACUGCAGAGUUCGUUUUAGGUUUUUGUCAAACGCUUUUGUUGCAGCCAGCCUCUGUAUUACUAUUUUACUGUGUUUUAGCAUGUGUGUGUUUUCUUGUUUAAAUCAUAAUUUAUUAUUGGCUCACUUAAUGUUACUUAGGGAAGAAAUUGCGGCUUUGAUUGAACUAAGAUGAAUGCAUGUUCUUCAAAUUCUUUUAAUCACAUUGUUAUAGAAUAAAGUACAUAUGUACUGUAGUACAUAGUAUGUACCUCUUUUGUGAAUUUUGUCUCUAAAUUGUGCCCUUGAAUGUUAUUUAAUAAAUGCAGAUUACAUGGAA